UUCCAACAAGACAUUCUGUGGUGUGACAAGAGGUAGGCAAAACUUUGGUGAUUUAUUUACUUAAUGCUUAAGUAGUAUUACCUUUUCACUGUUUACAUCACAGAAGAGGAGAUUUCUGUAAAGUCUGAGAGCAUGUUGUUCAUUCUUCUUCUCUUCCAACUUGCAUCAAUACUCCCUCUCAGCCUCUUCUGCCCCAGUGAGUGCGUGUGUGUUUCAGAUGGGGCCGUCAAAUGCACAGGGGCCAUCACCGACAUACCGCCUGUGGAUGCCAGUCAUACCUUUCUUCUGAGACUCAAUGACACUUCCAUUAAAAUCCUGAAAGCUCAAAGCAUUCAGCAUCUCACUUUCAUACUGAGAUUUAGCAUCACCCACAGUUCUCUUCACACCAUCCAUGCAGAAGCCUUCUAUGGUGCUUCUCAGCUCCGGUCAAUCAUGCUGUCAUAUAAUGCCCUCUCGGUCCUUCCAGCCAGGGUGUUCAGCAGGUUAGGCAACUUGGAGCAGCUGCGUCUGGAAGGGAAUCAGCUGGCAUCUGUCAGUGCAGACAUAUUCCAAGGUCUGGUCAAUCUCACUGAACUGAACCUCAGUAAAAACCAAAUUGCCAAGCUGGAUGCUAAUGUCUUCCAGGGCAUGACAAGCUUGAAUGACUUGAACCUGAGUGGGAACCUACUGCGCAAGUUACCGCAGACAUUGUUCCACAAUCUGGUGCAACUCAAGUCACUGAUUCUGUAUUCCAACCAGUUGGAGACUCUGGAGAAUGGUUCCUUUGAUCAUCUGCCCAAACUAUUGUUGCUAAUGCUGAAUAAGAACCAAAUCCGAGAAAUCCCUCCACAGCUCUUUUGGCACCUACCCUCUCUACUGACCCUGACUUUGUCUAACAACCAACUCCAGUACCUUCCAGCUGAAAGCUUUUACUUUCUACCAAACAUUACCAAACUCACCCUGUACAACAACCCCCUAAUCUCUCUGUCAGAGCAGCUAAUGGGCCACAUGCCUAGACUCCAGGAGCUGUACCUGUAUAAUACCAAUCUUAACACUGUGCCUUGGAACCUCUUUGCUAACAUGACAGGCCUCAGGGCUCUCAAUUUUCACUAUAACGAAAAGCUCAGCUCUUUGCCAAGGGACCUUUUCUGCUGCCAAACCAAUCUUCAAAAGCUAUCUUUAAAAUAUAACAAUCUUCAGCAUCUACACCCAGACCAAUUUUCACAACUUGUCAGUCUGAAAAUCCUUCUGCUUAAUGAUAAUGUGCUUCAGUCCCUUUCGUCAAGGAUCUUUCAUAACCUCCCAAAUCUAGCCAAACUCGAGCUGAGUCAUAACCACCUAAGCUAUCUCCCUGGAGAUGUUUUCGAGGGCGCCGACUCGCUACAGUCUGUCACUCUCGGGCACAAUCGCUGGGACUGUGUAUGCAAUAUUAUGGACUUUGUAGAAUGGAUCAAGAAAAACCAAAGGGUAGUUACAGAUCUGGAUGACGUUAAAUGUGAUGAACCUUAUCGAUUACAAAACCAAAAGCUUGUCUCUUUAACCUAUGACCACCUUCGGUGUGGCAUCACGACGACCUCGGCCAGACAUGAAUUUGUGACGACUGCUUCAGUGAUCCAUUCGGAACCUCCACGUCUCCGACACCUUCCCUAUCCCUCCACCACCAGAAGCUCACAAGCUAGACAAGAUACAUCCAUUGUGUUUCCUUCAACUCCAUCUUCAGCCUCAAGCUUGUCAACCCACAGCUCUACUGAGACCCCAUCAUCCACUCCUUUAACCGAGGAACAAUUCUAUGUAGCAAUAGAUGCAUUCUAUGACACUGUGGUCUUUGAGAGUUGCCCUAAUAUUGUUCACAGUAAUCGUUACAAGGGCUGGGUGUACCUCUGGACAGUACCUGCAACUGGACUAUAUGGUGGACUCUUGCUGGCUCUGCAUAUUGUGCUCAUAGCCACUGGCAUUAUCCUGAUUGUUGCCAGUGCUUAUGCAUUGUAUCAUCUUAAUAAGGUGGUGUGGGAUUUAGGGACAGCUGUUACCAGAAAUCAGACAAUAAUAGCUAAAAGACUGCCAAGUUUCAAAGGCAAACGCUAGAAAAAGAAUAUGUUUCAUUUUGAGUCAUUUCCAAGAAUAAAGUCCAUUUUUCUGAUUAAAGCAUUUAUUGUUUUCUGUUGUAUUCAUAUAUUCCUGUGGGGUUUCAAGAUUUCCUAGUCAUAGGAAAGUUACCUAAUCAUUUUCCAUAGUAUGGUCCAUUUUAAAGCAUUUAUUAUUUUUGGUUUAUUAACUCUUUCAUAUAUUCAUAGAUUCUUGUGGGCCUUCAAGGUUUCCUAGUCCUAAAUAGUUGACAUUGAGGUGGAAAAAGAAUAUACUUCUGCACAUUUUCAUUUGUACAUUAACCCUUAUGUGGUGUUUGGGUCUGUGGGACUCAUUUUCAUGUUUUAAUGUUUACCAAAAGAAAAAAAGAUGUGAUUUAUUAUUAUUUCAACCCCAGGUUCCUCAGCCUUUGCUCGUUUUCUGUGAAGAACUUACAAAAUAACACAUAUUCGAUGUCGUCACUCUGUUCACCCCCACACAUUUAUAUUACGCAUGUGGUGUUGGGCUGAACCCAUAGGGAAUAAAAGUGUGAAGGUGCUGUGUCCUUCACCCUGUGCUCCUCCUACAUUACAGAACUGGUUAUUGCUGUAUUGAUUAAAAAUGUGGUAAUCAAAAAAUUGAUUAAUAAUGUGGUGGGUCAUCCAGACCCAUUGAGUAACAUAAGCAUCAAGACCACACAAGUGUUAAAAUGCAGAUGUGUGUUCCCAACAUGUCUUGCUUAUUUGCUUUCAUUUCUUUUGCUUAAAGCAUUGCAUUUGUUUAAUUUAUUCUUUCAUAUAUUCAUUUGUUCCAGUUUUAUUUUUCCAUGUAAUUUUCUUUCUUCACCAAAGGUUUUUGGACAGUGAUGAUAAGAUUAUCUUACAGCUAAUAUAAAAGAAAUUAAUAUUAGCAAUGAUUUAUGCUAUUUUAAAGAGAGAAUGUAGAAAAUAUAUUUGCAAUGUUGAUAUGUAUUCCCUUAUUCUCUCUGUAAUGGCAAAUAAAAUGCUUCUUUACAGUGAA